AUGAUCAGGAUCUUCCCGGAUUUCAGCGUCCAGGUGACGGCUUCGGGAGCCGGAGGAGGAGGCGGCGGAGGCGGGAUGGUGACGGGCCCCCCGGUGGGUCGGGUCCCCGGAGCCACCAACGGGUCCCCGCAGAGCAUGCAGGGAAUCACCGCCUACCAGCAAAGUGACCCCUACUGGGAGCGGCCGGCUAAUGCAGGCAGCUGCUCCGCCGCCCGGCCCAAGACGCUUCACCUGGCCGGCCAGCAGCAUACCUCGUCACCAUGGCUGCAGGCUCUGAGGAAGGAGAAGUCUCGGGACGCGGCGCGGUCGCGGCGGGGGAAGGAGAACUUUGAGUUUUACGAACUGGCCAAGAUGCUGCCGCUGCCGGGCGCCAUCACCAGCCAGCUGGACAAGGCCUCCAUCAUCCGGCUCACCAUCAGCUACCUGAAGAUGAGGGACUUCGCCAACCAGGGGGACCCGCCGUGGAACCUGCGGAUGGAGGGACCGCCGCCCAACACCUCCGUCAAAGCUAUCGGUGCCCAGAGAAGGAGGACACACAGCGGCGUCGCCUCGGAGAUCUUCGAGCCUCACCUGGGCAGCCACAUUUUACAGUCUCUGGACGGGUUCGUAUUUGCACUAAACAAAGAGGGACGCUUCCUCUACAUCUCUGAGACCGUCUCCAUCUACCUGGGACUGUCACAGGUGGAGCUGACCGGCAGCAGCGUCUUUGACUACAUCCACCCCGGCGAUCACGUGGAGAUGGCGGAGCAGCUCGGCAUGAAGCUUCCUCCGGGCCGAGGCUUGUCUCUGUCCCAGGGAGCCGUCAACGAGGACGGGGCGUCAUCGGCCUCGUCGUCCUCGCACUCUGAGACGCCCGAACCAGUGGAGUCCAGCAGUCCCAGUCUUCUGGCCCCCGAUAACCUUCUGGAACGAUCCUUCUUCGUCAGGAUGAAGUCCACGCUCACAAAGAGAGGAGUGCACAUCAAGUCCUCAGGAUACAAGGUGAUCCACGUAACGGGGCGUCUUCGGAUCCGGAUGACGUUGACGCACAGCCGCUCGGUGCCCAAUCAGAUCAUGGGGAUGGUGGUGGUGGCUCACGCCCUCCCGCCGCCGACCAUCAACGAGGUCCGCAUCGACUGUCAGAUGUUCGUCACCCGAGUCAACAUGGACCUGAAGUUCAUCUACUGCGAGAACAGGGUCAGCGACUACAUGGACCUGACGCCGGUGGACAUUGUGGGGAAGAGGUGCUACCAGUUCAUUCAUGCUGAAGACGUGGAGGGAAUCAGAGAGUGUCACCUGGACUUGAUGAACAAGGGUCAGUGUGUGACAAAGUACUACCGGUGGAUCCAGAAGAACAGCGGGUACAUCUGGAUCCAGUCCAGCGCCACCCUCGCCAUCAACGCCAAGAACCCCAACGAGAAGAACGUCAUCUGGGUGAACUACGUCCUCAGUAUGCACGAGUAUAAAGACACGCCCAUGGACAUCGCCCAGCUGCCCAACCUGCCCGAGAAAACCUCAGAGUCCUCGGAAACCUCCGACUCCGAGUCCGAGUCCAAAGAAAACUCUGACAAUGAGAAAUCCGAGGGAAAGCCCGGCCGCCAAUCAGAACGCGAGGACCCGGAGACGGACAGCAAGCGUCAGCAGCAACCCGGCCAACCACACUGCUCCUCCGAACAGGAAAUGAAGCGCCAGGAGGAAGGAGACAGCUCGAGUAACCCCGAGAGCCAGGAGAGCGACGACAGUCUGGAACUCUCAGAUGGGGAGGGGGAGGAGCAGGAGGAGGCAAGGGGAGGAGGAGGUGGAGGAGGAGGAGGUGGAGGUGGAGAUGGAGAUGGAGGAGGAAGGAUUGGGAGGUUAGCCGGACUAGGAGGGUUAGGUGGACUUGGCGCCAUUGGAGGACUGAGCAAUCUGGGCGGGCUUCACAUUAAAGUCGAACACUACGGAGAAGGGGAAGAAGUACAGCUGCACAACUCACAAACUUCUUCAUCAGAGGAGGAGGAAGAAGAGGAGGACGACGAUGACGAGGAGGAAGAAGACGGAGGCGUGCAAGAUUGCGACAGCAACGCCGGCAUCAAGCUCCAGAAGAGGCGGAAGAGGAGGAAAGUGCAGAAAUGGGACGGAUCCCGAAGCCGGAGGCUCCGUCUCUCCUCGCCCACCACCCCAAGCCCCGUCGCCAUGGGAGAUACCACGACGCUGGUCGACUCCUCCCAGGCCACGUCAGCCAACUCCUCCCACCUCCUCGCCUCCAACGGCUCCCCGAACGGCGCGGGUGCGACCUCCUCGGUCCUGAAAAUCAAGACGGAAAUGGCGGAGCCGAUCAACUUCGACAACGACAGCAGCAUCUGGAACUUCCCGCCCAACAGAGAGAUUUCCAGAAACGAGUCCCCGUACAGCAUGACCUCCAAGCCGGUGGCUCCGGGGAGCCACGAGAACUUCCCCUCGCCACAGGGAGCAAUCCCCGACUCCGUCCUCACCCCUCCUGGGACCGAGGGAGGCGCAGGAGGAGUGAGGAAGCCUCCUUACAACGGAAGCUCGGCGCCGUCCUCCAUUUCCAGCGCCGCCAGUUUAGCCCCUCCCUCCAGCGCCUCCUCCGCCGACCCCUUGUCCCCUCCGCUAUCCGCCUCCCCGCGGGACAAACAGCAAGGCACCCCCACCACCUCCUCUUCCUCCUCCUCCUCCUCGUCCUCGUCGACCUCUUCCUCGUCACUGCUGUACUCUGGCGACCUCGAGGCGCUGCAGCGUCUGCAGGCCGGUAACGUGAUGCUCCCGUUGGUCCACCGGGUCACGGGGACUCUGGCCUCCACCAGCACGACGGCUCCACGGGUCUACACCACCGGGACCAUCAGGUACGCACCGGCGGACGUCACCCUCGCCAUGGCGCAAGGCAACCUCCUCCCCAAUGCCGCCAUGAACUUUGUCGACGGCUCGGGGUUCGGCCUGGACCCGAAGACGCCCAUGGAGAUGCUGUACCACCACGUCCACAGGCUCAACAUGUCGGCGGCGGCAGCGGCCGGCCCGUUCGUCGGGUCUCCGACAGUCACGGGCGGGAACGGCGCCCUCGGAGGCCAGAUGCCGACGGCGGCCAACGUCUUCACCACAGCCGAGGGACUUUUCUCGACGCUACCGUUCCCGGUGUACAGCAACGGGAUCCACGCCACGCAGGCGGCUCUGGAGAGGAAGGAGGAUUAA